ACAGAGAAAUGAGAGAACAGCUACCACAAUUCUGGGACACUGUGGAAGAGCUUUUUUGCAUGGGGGAUUCUGCAGCAUCCAGAGGUACAAGAAGAUAAACGCAGGUCUUCACAGCAUGUUCUCAGCACAAGGAACAAUAAGGCCCUCGCAGCAGUUUCUUCGAUGGAGAAAACUACCCGUGCCCUUCGUCAGAUUUCCCAGAGGACCAUAAGUACUGCUUCACGCAGGCAGUUUGAAAAUAAAGUUCGAGAGAAACAAAAGCUAUUUCAGGAGGAUGAUGGAAUUCCAGUGCAUCUAAAGGGUGGGGUAGCUGAUGCCCUCCUGUAUAGAGCUACCAUGAUUCUUACAGUUGGUGGAACAAUUUAUGCCAUAUAUCAGCUGGCUUUGGCUUCAUUUCCAAAGAAGCAGGGUUGACUUCAGUUAUCCUCCCAGCAAUCAGCUGGUUCAAUUUCAUUCAGCUCUCUAUGGACCAGUAAGCUGACAAUAACUGAGUUCUUCUUUGGGAUCAAUAUUUAUUGACUUGUAUUAACUGCCACCAAUAAAGCAAUCUUUACCAUG